CUUUCUUCUUCUUCAUCAGAUUUUCUUCACCUUCUUCUUCUUCUUCUUCUUCAAUUGUUUCUUCUCUUGUGGUGAAAUAAAAUGUUUUCUACGCUUCGUCACGCCAUGUUUCUCCGUCGAUCUCGGGCUGUGAUUUUUCCCACGAAAAGGGCUUUCAGCAGUAAAAUUUCCGAUGAAAUCGAUCCCCAAAUUGUGAACGAGCUGAAUCAGGAAAUGCAAUCAAUCUUUGGAGCAGAGCCCUCUCCCGAUGGAUUUUCCGGUCCUGCGACAAUGGAUUACUCUGAACUGAAAUCCAAGAUUGAAUCUCCGAAAUCUACAAACCAGGAUAAUUCUACGCAAUAUGAACGACCUGAAAAAGUGGCUAGUGAAAUGUCUAGGCUAACCCAUGUUGGGAUCUCGGGGGAAGCUCAAAUGGUGGAUGUUUCUUCCAAGGACAAUACUAAGAGAAGCGCAUUGGCUUGCUGUAAAGUGAUUCUAGGGAAAAGAGUUUUCGAUUUGGUCUUAGCGAACCAGAUGGGGAAAGGAGACGUUCUUGGAGUGGCGAAAAUCGCUGGCAUUAACGGAGCAAAGCAAACCAGCAGUUUAAUCCCAUUGUGUCAUAACAUUGCUCUUACGCAUGUUCGUGUAGACUUGAGACUAAACCCUGAGGAUUUUAGUGUUGACAUCGAAGGAGAAGCUUCUUGCACCGGAAAAACCGGUGUUGAGAUGGAAGCUAUGACUGCUGUAUCAGUUGCUGGCUUAACUGUUUACGAUAUGUGCAAGGCUGCUUCGAAAGAUAUCAGCAUUACAGAUGUGAGACUCGAGCGUAAAGCUGGUGGAAAGAGCGGGUAUUGGUCUAGAGGCGAGUGAACACAUAUAACAUUUGUCUCCGUAGCCAUGGAGAUUGGAACAUACGAGUAGAGACAUCGCUUGCCCGGACCAGUAAAACCGGCUUAAUUCUCAAAAAUAUGUGGUUGAUGAAUAAACUGGUCAAGUACGGCUUGGGCUUUCUUGUGUGAUAACUGAUAACUCUUUAAAAAGUUUGGUACUUUGGUAAGCAUUUGAUAUGGGAUUUGAGAACUUCACCUAAACCCUAUCAGAAGCAAUUUAUGAGAGUGAAACUGUUUGAUAGAAAAUCAAUGCUUUCAACUGUGAUAAGUCAUUAUUCAUUGUUCACACACAUUCAUAUAAU